AUGAGCGCAACGCUUGGCAUCGGCAUCAUCGGCUGCGGCAACAUCUCGACGACCUAUUUCGAGCUGGCGCCGCUGUUCUGUGGCAUGGAUGUGCGCGCCUGCGCCGAUCUGAACACGGAGGCGGCGCGCGCCAGCGCCGGCAAAUACGGUGUCGCCGCGCAAAGCAUCGACGAUCUUUUGGCCAAUUCAGCCGUCGACAUCGUCGUCAACCUGACCGUCCCCGAGGCCCAUGCCGGCGUGACCGCGGCCGCGCUCGAAGCGGGCAAGCAUGUCUAUUCAGAAAAGCCGCUGGCCCUGUCGCUUGACGACGGUCUGGCGCUCAAGGCGCUCGCCGACGCGAAGGGGUUGAGCGUCUGUUCGGCGCCGGACACGUUCCUGGGCGGGGCGCAUCAAUGGGCACGGCGGCUGAUCGACGAAGGGCGUCUCGGCACCAUCACGUCCGGCACGGCGCAUGUGAUGUCGCACGGGAUGGAGCACUGGCAUCCGAACCCGGACUUCUUCUUCAAGCCCGGCGCCGGGCCGGUGCUCGAUAUCGGGCCCUACUACAUCGCCAACCUGAUCCAUCUGAUCGGGCCGGUGCGCCGGGUGGCGGCGCUCGCCAACAGCGCCGAGGCGGUCCGCACCAUCGGCUCCGAGCCGCGGCGCGGGGAGAAGAUCGCGGUGGAGACGCCGACCAACAUCCAUGCGCUCCUGGAAUUCGAAAGCGGCGCGACGGUCACGCUGGGCGCAAGCUGGGACGUCUGGGCGCACCGGCACCGCAACAUGGAGCUGUACGGAACCGAGGGCUCGCUGUUCGUGCCCGAUCCGAACUUCUUCGGCGGCACGGUCGAACUGUCAGGGCGGGACGGCGGGCUUUCGGUGCCGCAGCCUUUCGACCAUCCGUUCGGCGUGCCCAAUCAGGAUCAUGGCGGCACGGCGCUUGCGAACUAUCGCGGUGCCGGGCUUGCCGACAUGGCGAAGGCGAUCCGCGAGGGCGGCGGCGCGCGCUGUUCGCUCGACCGGGCGCUGCAUGCGGUCGACGUCAUGACCGGCAUUCUCAGGUCCGCCGAGGCGGGCACGUUCGUUGUCAUGCAGACGCGCUGCACGCGUCCCGACCCGCUGGGUCCCGACCAGGCGCGCGCGUUGUUGAAGGACUGA